GGGCCCUCCUGGGCCCAGCCCUUUGAAAGGGCCACCCAUGGGAGCAAGAACCCGGGCCUUGGCAGGGGCCCGGGAAGGGGUCGGAGGCAGUGGCAGUGCGCUGCAGUGGUUAGAGUCUUGGCUUGGGACUUGGCUCAGAGACGUUUUCCUUGUACAGUACUGUUCUUCCUUGAGAGUUGUGCAGGAAAAGCACAGUAUAAAUGCCACCAAUAAUAAUAGCCCUGUAGUGCUUUAGUUAACUUUUCAAACGAUUCCUGCCAUCGAUUUCUGCUCUCAUGAUGGCAUAGAAGAUGCUUGGAAAUGAUCGCACCCCUUAUCUGAGAAGAGGGUCUCAGUAUGUUCCUGACCGUGAGAAAUAACACAUCAGUUUUAACAGAAACAGUACAUUCUGUUUCUCCUCUUUCCAAGGGAUCCAAAAGACUGGGUUAAUAGGGGCAAAACAGUCAGCUUCAAUGGAAUGGUAGGGUAGUCCAUUGGCUUACAAUGUAGGCAGACCUCCCCCACCACUGCAGUUUUAUGCAUUUGUUCCGAAGAAAUUAGAGCCACUGAAGGGCUUGCUCCCAAGUACGUUUACAUAGGCACGAUCCUAAUUCAGAGCCAGGUGCUGCUGACUUUACUAAGGAUAACAUUGCUGCUUACCAGAAAAGCGGCUGUCACCUCACCUAUGUCAGAGCACAUGAUCUUCCAGUCUGCGUCGAUAUGGAAUACGGAAUCCCAAACAUAGAAUCAGAAUACUGACCCUGCUAGCUGAAGGAUUCCAAGAAUUCAAGAUUAUGUAUUCCAGUGCACUCAGGGUCAAUGGCAUUUUUGGUAUAGAGCAAAUGCUGGCGUCUAAUCCUGGCAAGACCCCGAUCAGCCUGCUGCAAGAGUAUGGGACACGCAUAGGCAAAACACCCGUCUACGACCUACUGAAAGCCGAGGGACAAGCUCAUCAGCCCAACUUCACCUUUCGUGUCACGGUUGGGGACAUCAGCUGUACCGGCCAAGGCCCUAGCAAAAAAGCAGCCAAGCACAAGGCGGCUGAGGUGGCCCUCAGACUUCUGAAGGGAGGGAACAUGUUGGAGCCAGCGACGCUGGAGGAACCCAGCUCUCCUUUCUCUCUAGAGCCCUUGGCUCAGACCACCACCCCCGCCACCACGCCUGUGCCCAUCUUGCCGACUGCGUCUCCCAGAAGCUCCCCAAUGGACAUAAAGUCCCCAGUAUCGCCGCAGCAGUCAGAGUGCAAUCCCGUUGGGGCCCUGCAGGAGCUGGUGGUUCAAAAAGGGUGGCGGUUACCUGAAUACACAGUCACUCAGGAAUCGGGACCAGCGCACCGCAAAGAAUUCACCAUGACCUGCCGUGUCGAAAGGUUCAUUGAAAUAGGCAGCGGCACCUCCAAAAAGCUUGCCAAGCGCAAUGCUGCCGCCAAGAUGCUUGUGCGGAUUCAUAAUGUCCCACUGGAUCCACGAGAGGGCAGUGAGGCUGAAGUGGAGGAGGACCAGUUUUCUAUUACUGCAGGAAACAAGCUGGACGGGGUGAAGGGCCGAGGUUCUGGCUGCACCUGGGACUCCUUGCGCAACUCUGCUGGAGAGAAGAUUUUGCACCUGAAAAGCAACCCCCUGGGCGUGCUCAACUCUGGCUUCUGCAGCCUCUUGCAGGAGCUCUCCGAAGAGCAGAGCUUUGAUAUCAGCUACCUCGAUAUUGAUGAGAUGAGCUUGAGUGGCCUGUACCAGUGUUUGGUGGAGCUUUCUACACAGCCAACCACAGUGUGCCACGGCUCUGCUACCUCUCGCCAUGCUGCUCGUGCGGAUGCUGCCCACAACGCUCUUCAGUAUCUUAAAAUUAUGGCAGGGGGCAAAUGAGGCACCCUGACACCACUGAGGACUCUUGAGCAACGGAAAGAUUCCCAGACAGCUCUGCCCCCACCUGCCUGCCCACUCUAAGGAGACAACUGUAUUUGCCAUGGUCUUGAAGUGGCAAGUGGCGGUGGUGGGUUUUGAUUUCCAACCAGAAUUAAGACUUGGCCAGGGUUCUUUGGUACCUACAGCAGAGAUGAUGCUGUUGGAGACUUUGUCACCCUGAGAGCAAACUGCUGGCGCUGCCCAUCAUGGUCAUAGUGGCCCAGCCUCUUUGUGGCUCACCUAAUGUCACCCUGGUUCUUCUCCUUGUGGGGAGGGAUGGGGAGGGGCAUGCACUUACAAAUGCUACAUGGUUAGGAGUUGCAAUAAAGGGCUUUUGUAAUAAGUGGUCAUCUUUAAGUG